AUGGCAAGCAAGGCGACAACAGCUGGCCGAGAAUCCGGCCGUAUCAAAGAUGCCAAUCAGAAGCGAGUUCUCGAUGAGGCUACUCGGCGAAGACGAGCUAGAAAAGCUUUAGAAGCGCUUGAGCAAGACAAUUUUCAUGAUGAUCCUCAUGCUGAUCUGGUUAUGAGCAAAAAAGCACCAAAAUUCCAAGAAACUUUAGAAUCAAGAGGGAGAAAGAAAAAGACCAAAAGUGCUGAGUAUUACAAACAAAGGUUCAGAAAAACACUAAUGCAGUUAGUAGAAGAAGACCGCACGUACCAUCCCGACCCACCCAACUACAUGUCUGCGCAGGCAAUGCCUUCACAGUUCCCGGACAGACACUUCUGCGCAGUCUGCGGGUUCCCCAGCAACUAUACUUGUAUCCCGUGUGGUGCUCGCUACUGCAGUGUCAAGUGUUUGGGUACUCAUCUUGAUACUCGCUGUCUCAAAUGGACUGCUUAAUAUUUCUAUUUUAGUUUUUUUUUUAAGAUAAUAAAUGUUUUACAAUUAC